CUAAAUCGUGAAGACUUCGCAGUCGUUACCAACAACGGUUAUUCCCAAAAGACUACAAAUAUUUUUCCCCUUUGUGUAGCAACAAAUGUGUCAAUGAAGACACCGGACACGAAGUCCAAGCUACUCAAUAAUUUAAGUCUUUCUAAGCACCUGUCCUCAAAAAAGGGCGGCUCACGCACCAGUAACUGCGGCAACUGUCUGGAAUUCUCUGUGCUCACGCGGCUCUCCAGUGUGCCCUGAACCACUCCGAUCCAAGCUUAUUUUAGCUCCUGUUGAAACUUAAAAACAUAUUUGUUAAAAAUGGUCCACCAAACUCGUACUCCCAACAAGGCCA